CACAUUAAGUGAUUUACAUUUGUGCAAACUGCAAACCUACAGGAAUUAUCGACGGACAUGGCGCACAACACAUCACGCUUCAUGUAACCAAACACUGUACAAAAACCAACGCGUCGGAGACUGGGUGCGCGGAGCGACACUGUGGAUAAGCGUGGAUCUGUUGCCAUGCUGACGAAAAACGAGAUUUUACCGUUGUAUCUUGAAGGAUUUAGAUGCUUUGGGUUUGUGCUGUCAGUGUAGCAUGGUGAGCGUCAGGUGGGCGUCGGGAUGAUGAAGAUGCGGGACCUGUAACCUGCCGAGUCUCCGGUUCCAGUCAGUUAAACGCUAUUUCACUUCAUGCCCUGACAUGUUGAGAAGCAAGAGGGGAGGAGAUAAAGGACCAGAAAAACCGGUAAGCAGCUGGGAGCCGGGGAGAAAAUGCGAAAGGAGGAGCAGAUUUCAGUCUGGCCAGCAGAACCAUAAGACCUGCGAGGAGGAAGAUUGGAGCAACAGAAAGACGUGAAGAGAGAGAGAAAACAUUUGAGAGGAGUGAAGAUUACCACGGAAAAAACAUAAAGGAUAAACAUGACUAGUGUUUAUGAAAGGGCUUCCGAGUAGCAGCAUGACUUGGACCUACGGGAUUGCAAAAUACAAACACACCUGGAGCCAACAGUUAUCUGAGGACACUCUCUCUGACUCCUAUCCGGAAACAUUUCAAUUUGCAUAUAGCGCGGCGCAACCCUCGGCUCCUUCUGUGUUAACUGCAGUGAAAACUUUGAAGGUUUAAAGCGAUUCUAAGAGCACCUGCUUCGCUUGUUCUGUAAGGGAAUAUGGAAGAAGGUACAUCCUCAUGGUCCGUCCCUGUUUAUCUCCUGAGGGCCAGAUGAGGACCAUGUUACCCAGCUUGUUACGGGGCCGGCGGUUCUACUGCCGUGAAUGGGCUCUCGAGAAGCUACAAAGAUGGCUGGAGACGCGAGAUGCCGACAAGGCUGUGGAGGGAGCGACCCAUGUCUCUCCAGGGGUCCUAGUGACUGGGGGCCCGGGCACGGGUAAGACGGCUCUCUGCACAGAACUGGUUUGGCCCCAGUCGGAAGCAUGCAGGGCGGCAGGGUUUGCAUCACGGUGUUUGGCCUGGCACUAUUGCCAGCGAGAGGAUGCGAGCAGUAUUGAAGUGUGGAGAUUUGUACUGGGGCUGGUUGAACAGCUGAAGGAAAGUCCUCUACUGGGACCAAACUAUAUGAAAGUGAUUAGCAGUGCUGCUAUUGCUGCUGUCCUGGAGCCCGUUCACUGCCAAAGAGCACCUGAUGACACUUUUAAAAGGGCAGUAUUAGAGCCUCUCAUGUCCUUGACACCACCAGCUCACAGUGUGUUUAUUGUGGUGGAUUCGCUGGACUCAGGGUGUUGUGGAGGUAAUGGAAUUGGAGAACGGUCAAUAUCAGAAUCUGCGGCCACUCAGAGUUCCUCUAUUGCAGAGCUCCUGCUCAAAUACAUACAGCUCUUGCCUCCCUGGAUCUUGCUGGUCUGUUCUGCACGCCGACAGAACAAAGCCAUAUGCAAGAUGUUCUCAGGUUUCAGAAAGUUGUGUCUAGAUGACUUAAGAAAGCCUGCAACUGUACGAGAUGUACAGCAAUAUAUCCUGCGGAGGCUUGACCAGGACGGAGCUUUGAGAAGACAACUUUCACCAGAUACGGCUGAAAUGCUUAAUCUUUUGCACAUCAAAAGUGGUGGAUGUUUCUUGUUUCUUGAGCGAGUACUAGAUGGCGUUGCACAAGGUCUAGUAGGACUUAGAGAAAUUCGGGACAUUCCUGGCACACUAAAUGGCCUUUACCUAUGGCUCUGUCAGCGACUCUUUCCUAGAAGUCUGUUUGUCCACAUUAGGCCUUUGCUAAAUAUCCUUUUGGCAUCCCCACAACCACUAACAGCUGAUCAGCUCUACACUAUUGCUAGAAGCCGUGACUCCUACCUUGGGAUUGGAGACUUCCAAGCACAGAUGGGUGCUCUGGCAUCUCUGUUUGUAGAUGGCCCCGAGGGCAGUAAACUCCUCUUUCACAGCAGCUUUGCAGAAUGGUUAACUGAUGUCAAAUACUGCACACAGAAGUUUUUGUGUUGUGUGAAGGAUGGUCAACUUUCUCUGGCCAUGUCCCUCUCUUUUCGAGCCAGUAGUCUGGGUACAGAGGAGACUUGCCAGCUGGCCCACCACCUCCUCAGCAGUGGAGUCCAUCAAGGGGAACCAUCCCUCUUGGCACUAUGGUUGAUAUGGACUGGAGUUCCAUCUCUUAGUAGUGCCAGAAAAGACUGUUCUUCUAAUGUGCCAUCACCUCCUCAUACACCUGUAGUAAUUCAGCAAGAUGUACUUCAGCUCUUAAUGAAAAGUGGAAUUUACCCUGCAAGCUGUUCCCCUGACAAUAGCUCCAGUGUGGGGGUUCACUGUGUUGGGGGAGGAGGCAGGAUAGUUCGACGAGCAUUACAGAGGGAAGACUCUGUGAGAGCUCUUCUUGACAGUGGCGUCAGUGUGAACCAUACAGACCCAUCAGAUGGACGGACUUUACUAGCAUCUGCAGCCCAUGCUGGACUUGCAGAUGUUUCUGCAUUGCUGUUAUGCCGUGGAGCAGACCCUUCAGUGAAUGACAACCAGGGACAGACUGCACUGACGCUUGCUGCCAGACAAGGCCAUGCUGGUGUACUACAGGUGUUGCUAGAGUGGGUACAGGAGCAGGGGAGCGAGAGUCCUGCAGUACAGGCCCUGCUGGAGCAUGUGGACAGUGAGGGAUGGACUGCUCUUCGCUCUGCUGCAUGGGGUGGCCACAAGGAAGCUGUGCGUCUACUUCUGGAAGCUGGGGCAGAGAUUGAUGGGUGCGAUUCAGAUGGCCGGACAGCCUUACGAGCAGCAGCAUGGGGUGGACAUGAGGAAAUUCUGUUGACCCUCCUUAAACAUGGUGCUGAAGUAGACCGUUCAGACCGUGAGGGACGUACUCCACUAAUAGCUGCAACCUACAUGGGUCACAAAGAGGCAGUGGAAAUACUUUUGGAUGCUGGGGCUGAUUUGAAACUUGCAGAUGGCGAUGGACGUACUGCUCUCUCUGUAGUUGCAUUGUGUGUGCCGUCGGCAGCUGGAGGACGAAGGCAUGGAGAGGUUGUAAAUCUUCUUUUGGAGCGAGGUGCUGAUCCAGAACAUAAGGACAGAGAUGGAAUGACCCCUUUGCUACUAGCCUCUUACGAAGGGCACGAGGAAGUGGUUGAACUCCUCCUGGAAGCUGGAGCUGAUGUAGAUGAAAGUUCUGGAGCUCAUCCCUCUUCUGUCACUCCUCUUCUUGCGGCUGCAGCUAUGGGACAUGCUGGCACUGUUAAUCGUAUGCUUUUUUGGGGGGCAGCAGUGGAUGGCAUCGAUGGAGAAGGCCGCACCGCUCUCUGCUUGGCUGCAGCAAAGGGUAGCGUUGAAGUUGUAAGAGCACUGCUGGACAGGGGUUUGGAUGAGAAUCACAAAGAUGAUCUGGGCUGGACUCCACUGCAUGCUGCAGCUUGUGAAGGUCACAAAAGUGUGUGUGCAAUAUUGACAGAGCGAGGUAGCAUGGCACGUGUGGGUGAGCUUGAUGUGGAGGGUCGGAGCCCUCUAAUUCUAGCAGCACAAGAAGGGCACUGCAGUACCGUCAGGCUGCUUCUAGACCGAAAAUCCCCCAUUGAUCAUCGUGCCUAUGAUGGACACUCCGCACUCAGUGCGGCUGCUCUGCAGGGACAUCGGGAGAUUGUGGAGUUAUUGAUGCGUAGAGGGGCUGACACUGAUGUCCGUGAUGCUGAAGGAAGGCCUCUUCUUUAUUUGCUGGUCCUGGAGGGCCAUUUAGAUAUGGCCACCCUACUCAUAGAAAAAGGUGGUGUCCCCCUGGAGUCAAAAGAUGCAGAAGGGCGAACUGCACUCCACGUAGCAGCUUGGCGAGGAGACUUGGAAGGUAUUGAACUGUUGCUAAAAUAUGGAGCUGACCCAAAUGCAAGAGAUCUUGAUGGUCGGCCGCCUUUGCAUUCUGUGGCAUGGAGAGGUCAUGCAGCUGCUGGCAGGCUGCUCCUUAGGGCUAAAGGUCUCAAUGUAGACCUGGCUUGCAAACAGCAGGGUGCCACAGCGCUUAGCAUUGCUGCUCAGGAGGGGCAUGCUGAAAUUGUGGCCAUGCUCUUAGAAAAAGGUGCAGAACCAGACCAUGUGGAUCGUUAUGGUCGCAGCCCAGUUAAGGUAGCAGGAAAACAAGGUCAUUUCACGAUUGUGCGACUUCUAGAAAACUAUGGUGCAAAACCCUUUUCAGGUCUCAUACCAUUUUCACCCAGUGGUGCUCCUAACACCUCUUACCUUUCAGCCCUAGUCAAGACCCGUGCAUCUCUUUGUUCAGGAGAGGUGGGUGUUGAUGGAGUUACAGCCACAUCUUCUCCAUCCUCGUCCUCCGUUUCUGCCUCCUGUUCCCCAGCUUCAACUGCAGAGCGUUUCCACUCUAUACCUGCCUCACAGACUUCCUCCUCCACCUGCCACUCCCAUGCCACAGUACAGACUGUGCCUGCUGACAGCCUAAAUUUCAUCCAGCAGAUACAACAACAUUCACUUUCUCGUUCCCGCAGUCGGCCAUCCACCUUGCCUCUUCCUGGCUCCAAUCCUGCCAGUCUUCAGGGCAGAGCAUCUAGGCAUAAUCAAAAGGCUGUACCCAAGAGCAGUCCCACACAUGAACAGUGCACCUUCACUGAAGUGCCUGACUCAGAAAACCCCUUAAAAGGGCUUGGAUCAAUGGGGGAUGGUAACUACCUCUUCAAACCUAAGACUCCUUACAUCAUAGAGGAUGUGAGUGAGAAGAGCCACAAACAAGCUGGAGGAGUUGAUCUAAAGUGGAACUCUGUUAUGGCAUCCUUAGGGGUGAUGCCAAACCAAGAGGGCCCAAUUAGACAGACAAAAAUUAGGGAAAGCCCACCUUUGGGGUAUCCACCUUUUCUCAUCCAAUCCCAUGGACAAAAAAAUGACUGGGGGAGUCAAAAGACAUCUAUAUCUCCAAUCAUUGACCUUUCAGCUAUUUCCCCACAUAGUGCCUUACCUAAUGAGUCUGUGUUUAACAUGACAACUACUGACCCUCAGCUGAAUCUCAAACAGGCAAUCAAGUUGCAGUUUGAAGGGCCGACCAGUGCAGCACUUUACAAGCGGGAAACUCCACUCUGAGGAAAACCUGGGCAUUUAGGAUUUCAAGGAGGUGAGGGUUGUGUAGGUAAUCACUGCACAGUGUGGGAGAUGUUAAGAGUAGAGGAGGAUGGCAGAUGAAAGUGUUAUAACACACUGACCUCCACCUCUCUUUAACCAAUUGACCCCAAGGCACAAAAGAAGAAGGAAAGGCCUAGAGGAGCCCGAGUUCAAAGGAUCAAGCUGUGUACAUUCCAAAGCUUUUCCUCCUUAUGCCGUCACAAUGGAGAGCAGCUGGCACUCUCUCAUACUCUCACACAAUUACAGGAAAAUAUAUUUACAUUCAGAGGGACACUUAUGGAUGUUUCCUCAAAAAGUUUGCAUUGACAUAUGUACCCCAGGGAUUUUUGUGCAUAUUAUAACUCGUCAUGAAUGACAACUUGGCAUAGACCGAACAGCUGUCCACUCUUUUAUCUUCAUACACACACUUAUUGUGCUCAGAAUUGCCACCUUUAUUUUAUUUUGUUUAAAAGAAUGUGGUCAAAAUUGGAAGGUGUCUACAAAUAAAAUAUUAAUUGUCUGUGAUUUUCAGUAUAUUUCUCUGGUUUACACCCAGGCUUAGACUUGCUAAAAAGGGCUUUUCAAAGCGCCACUGUCGCUUUGUGGGUUUAUGUGCUAGAUCAAGUCAUUAGCAAUGUUUGUGUCCUUUAAAGAUGUUUCAGGAAAUAGAUGCGUCACUGCUUAUUUACCUUGAGUUUUUAAUUUUCACAUACUGUCAUUUUUGUCAACAGUAAAACCAGCAAGGCAAAUUAACAUUUUAAAGCUGCAUUCCAAUUGAAUUAUAUAGAGAGAUGGGAAAAAGAAAGUGAAAAGUUAUUGUUCUAAAAGCAGACAGAGGUAGUUAGGGAAGGAUAUAUAAGUGAUCUCAAAUACACGUGCAUGUUUGUCAUAGGAUGGCUAGAUUUAAAUGGAUGGUCAUGAAAACCUUAUAGGUGUGACAGGAAGAGAUGUGAUGUGAAUUUAACACAUUGCCAUGGGUAAUUUAUAGUGUUUUGUAUGUUAAAAUUAAUUGAGAUGCACUAAUUAAAACAAUGUAUAUGA